AUGGAACCGACCGAACUCACGCUGGUGCAUGCGAUUGACACGGCGCCGGACGCUGAUGCGUGCGUAGACGCGAUCGAUGCGCUCACGGCGCGGUGGCAGUCGGCGCACGAGGUGCAUGACGUCGAUGUGUGUGUCAUGUCGCUGCACACGCACAUGUUGAGUGCGCACAUCGGUGUGACGCGAGCCGUGUACGCCGCGCUUGCCACGCUGCUGGAGACGGCCGCGCCGCAGCUGUCGACCGCGCGGCACGUACAGACGAUCGUGAAGAUGGGCGUGCCGCCCGCGCUGGAGCGCAUGCCCGAUGUGCCUGCGGCGCGUGCGUGGCUCGAGCAGGUGCGCCACGUCGUGUAUGCGGACGUCGUCGGCGCCGCACGCAUGCGCGAGAGCGACAUGCCACGCACGCUGUGGGAGCACACGAUCCGCGAUGCCGGGCUGUGUGCGACGUCGCCGCGCGUACGCGCCGGCACGCUGCGUAUGCUGUCCGAGGCGCCGGCGGAGGCGGCGCUCGCGACGUACAUGCCCUACCUCCUUGAGCGCCUUCACGAUGCCGACGGCGAUGUGCGCGCGGCGGCGACGGCGGCCGUCCACGCCCUGUCGGCGCAUGCCACACCCACGCAGCUGUCGGAACUACGAGAGGCGCUACCUGACCAUGCUGGCCUAGAGACGCGCGGGAGCCAGACACCUGCGCAGGCGCCCGAGUCACUGCCUUUCUGGGCCGACGUGGCGUGCGACGAUAUCCGGCCGGUCGCCAUUUGGUCUCGGCACGACGUGGAUGCGGCGCUGCAGCACGCCAGCCACGUGUUGGAAGGCAAGGAAACCGAGACAAACUGGCAGGCGCGCGAGAAAGCCGUCGUGCACCUGCGCGGGAUGCUCAAGGCGGGCGUGCCUGACGAGCACAUCGCAGCGUUCGCCGCGCAGAUGCGCCACAUCCAAGAAGGCCUGCUCAAGACGCUCGCGAGUCUACGCACGACGCUCUCGAUGCACACGAUUGCGCUGAUCCGGCAGCUGGCCUUGUCGCUCGGCGCACACCUCGAGCAUUCGAUCAUGGAUGCCUGGUUCACAGCACUGCUGCGCAUGGCAGGCAUCACGAAAAAGCUGGUCGCAUCCGCCAGCCAGGUCGCCGUCGAUACGAUCCUCGCAUGCUUCCCCGUGCGCCACAUGCACUGGCAGUCCCUCUAUGCCGGUCUGCAGGACAAGAGCGUGGCGACGCGCGUGUACAUGUGCAAGCACGUCCACCUCGUUCUGCAGGUGCAUGGGCACAAGCGCACGGAGAUGGAGGCGCAUCACGGCCUGGACAUGACGCGGCAGUGCCUCGAGCGGGCCUUGAGCGACCCCAGUGCCGAGGUGCGCUCGGCGGCGCGCGAUGUCUUUGGCACGCUCUACCGCCUGCACCGCACGGAUGCUGAGUCGCUCCUCGCAGCGCUGCCGCCCGCUACGCACAAGCAGGUCGCCGCGAGUCUGGAGACGCCGUCGUCUCCGGCGGUCACGCCGCGGCGGCCGUCGUCACGGGCCGGACCGUCGCGAGCCAUCGUCGCUGCGAAGCGCGCGGCUAUGCAGCAGCAGCGGGACACGGUCGCCGAGCGCCCACGCAUGCCGCGCGACUCUGUGUGGCAUCCGAGUCUCGUGGAGAAUGGACCGGACGCAUCGACCGAUCUCGUCGGCUCCGAUGUGCCGUGGCACGAGCGUGAGGACGGCGACGAUAUGUCUAUGAUGCUCCAGGGCCUGCAAAUUCACACGCCACGAGCCACGAGACACGAUGUGAUACCCAGCACGCCGACGACGCCGGUGACGCCGAAGCCGCCGAGGCCGACAGCUCCCGCACAGAUGCCGUCCACGGCCUCGGCGUGGUUUCUGGACCAAAGCGCGAGGGUCCUGCAGGACGUAUGCAAGGAAGCUCCGCCUGCAUCCGAUGAGGGUAUGACACACUGGGCCGAGGCACCCGCGACGGCCCUGGGCAGACUCGCACAGCACCUGGACACGCAAGCGCCGGAGGACCUCGCGCCCGUAUUGGACGGCAUGCAUGCGCAGCUCGAUCAGGCGCGAGACGACACGACAUGGCUGCUCAUCUUGACCGUCCUGCACCGCCUUGCGCCGUACGUGUGUCGUGACGAGGCACUCGAACGUGCAUGGCUCGCCCAGGUGCUGCAUGUGCCGAGUACACGCCCUGAGCACAUCACGCUGGCGAUGGGCGCGAGUCGCGCGAUGCUCAACGUGUGGGGUACGCACUCGCAUUCGAGCGCCGCGCUCAUGAGCCAAGUCGGUGACGAUGCAGAGCAGCGCAUCUUGGCCCUGCAUGCCCUCGAGGUGCGACGCAUCACCGACCUCGAGGAGCUUCGAGCAACAGCGCCGCUCGUGCAGGUAGCUCUACGGGAUCCACACACGCCCGUGCGUCGCGCUUGUGUAUCAUUUCUCGCCCAAGUGCCUCGCGAGGCACUCACGCUGUACGCCCCGCUCGCCGCUGGCGAAGAGCGUCUCAUCCAGUACUAUAGGGACCGCCUAGGUGGAGGUGGACGUACGUAG